UGUAGUGAAAUUGAACUUGCAGGUUGGUAAAUCACUAUUUAUAUCACAUGUGACAUAACUUUAGCAAUGUCAACAAAAAUAAAAGAAUAUAAACUACUUUAUAUAAACGAUAGAGAACUUUCUUCUGAUACUGAUGAUACAGAUUAUGAAAUUGGUAAAUGCUACGAUGAAAGGGUAUUUAAGAAAUCAAAAUUAAAAAGAAAAACGACAAAGCAUCAUAAAUCUACAACAUUAGCAGUGAGAAAAAAGUCUUCAAGACAUAAUUAUGAUAAGAAAGGUAACAUUGAUAACAACUAUCCUACUGUAGAUACUUGGUCAGUUUUGCCAACAGAAAUACUAUCGUACGUUUUUCAAUUGUUAAUUUUAUUGCCAUCAGAUGUUCCUAAUGUAAGGCUUGUUAUUAGAUGUGCACUAGUUUGUAAACAUUGGUGUGAAGUAGUCAAACAACCUUUUACAUGGAAAACAGCUGAUCUCUCAUUUAUGGGUGGUUCAAAAGAAGCAACCGACAGUAAUAUAAUCAACCUUGUUAAGGCGCAAUUUUCUGAGUUAAAAGAACUGAAUUUAUCUGGUUGGAUUGAUAUAACUGAUAAGGGUUUGAUAGCUGUUAGCAAAUACUGCAAAAAGUUACAAUCACUUAAUAUAUCGUUUUGCCAGAGAAAAGAGAUUUCUAAAGUUAGUGAAAAUUCCUUGCUUGCUCUUGCUGAGAAAUGCUCAUUAAAAAAAAUAAAUUUUUCAAAUUUACGAGUUGCUAAAAAUUAUUCAAAAGCAAUGAAAAAUUUUUUGGAAUUAUCUGGCAUUAACUUGACGCACAUAAACCUGUCACAGAAUAUUGCUUUAGGUUCCUCUUUGCUCACUUCAGUUUGUAGAUGCUGUACAAGUCUAAAAAGUUUAGAUUUAUCCAAUACCUCAGUAAGGUGUGUUUCUUUUUCAAAUUUACAAGAUUCGUGUCAGCUUUUAGAAGAGCUUUAUCUUUCAAACUUAAAUUUGGAGCCAAAACCUUUUAAGCACCAAGAUGCACAGGGUUUUCCUGCUCUUAAAGCUUGUAGUUUAGCAGUUCAAAGUUUUCCUGGAUGGUUAACAGACAAUUUAUUGCUUGGGAUUACUAAAAACGCUGAGAAUUUGACUCAUUUAGAUAUUCGUGGAAACUCUCAAGUUACGAGAAAAGGAUUUUUUUUAUGCACCACAAAGCUAGAAAAACUUUUUAUAUCUGGUUGUGAAGUAUCUAGUGAUAUUUCAGAGCUAAUAUUUCAAAGAUGGUCGCACUCACUAUUAUAUCUAGAUCUUUCUAAAAUAAAACCUUCGCAGGAAAGUAUGACUGAUAUUGUAAACUGUGUUUUAAAAUGCUCGAAACUAACUCAUUUGGACUUGACAGGAACAUCUGUUUUUGAUGUACAUAUUCAGCAUGUUUUAAAAUCCCUACCAAAUUUAUGUGUUUUGGAUUUGACAUCUUGUCGCAGUUUAUCAAGGGGAAUAAAAAGGCUUCAUUCAAAUGAACAACUUGGAAUUUUGUCAGAAAAAAUAAAAAAUCUUUAAUUUUUUAAAUUGAAAAUAUUUAAUUGAUGUUUA